AUGUUUGACGCCCAGAAUAACAAGGGGGUGGCAGUGUCGGGGGUCCGGGGGAACAUGGGCUUGAAUGGGGUUUGCCUCAGAAAGAGCAAGACGGCGGGUGUUUCUCUCUUGGUGUGACCGGUGGCAGUAUCGAUCAGCAAUGCCGCACAGACUUUUGCUCGCCCGAAUAUGCGUGCGACAGCUUUAACCUAACCACAUCGGUGGAAAGCGGAUUUCUUUUCGAUAAGGUGUCAGGGGUACCAGGGAAGACGGGGCCGAGGUUUGUUUGUUUUCGGGUGGAUGAGGUUGGGGUUUUGUUCGUUUUUCUCCAUCUAAGGUUCGUGCCUAGAGUUGAGCUGUAGUGUUUCAACCAAAGUUUUGUUUGACUUAGAGGCAAACAUUCCUAGCUAUUGGGUAUCGAGUUAAUUUGGCUUGGCAUGACGGCCUUUACGAUCGACUUUUUAUGUAUGUCUGCAUUUAUCUGCAAUUGUCGGAGGGCAAACAAAAUAUAUAAUAA